CUUAAGUCAAGAGUCUGGAAUGGAUGCUCUUUUUAAAUCAGUGGAGGAGACAGCUGAGCCCUUACAAGCUGAUGUCAAAGGUCAAAUCCCGGAAUGGCUGAAGGGCAGCUUGCUCCGGGUCGGUCCUGGAAAGUUUGAAGUCGGCGGCCAGUCCUACAACCACCUGUUUGAUGGCCUGUGUCUCAUUCACCGCUUCAACAUUGAGGGUUCAAAGGUGACGUACCAAAACCGUUUUCUGCGGAGUGACUCGUACGUUCUGGCAGAACAACAGAACAGGAUCGUCGUCUCCNCUUCACCCUCACCGCGGUAA